AUUUCAUUAAAAUGUUACGAUCUAAGAUUUUUUCUUUCUCUCUUUCCAGUGUGCCUCGCAACGUGGGCCAAUGCACAGAAUGGGCGUGGACCACGUCAAGACUCCUCAAAUCACGGAUGGGACAUCCGGUUGGCUGUUCCCGGUGAACCUGGCAACGAUUAUCCGGUCCUAGGGAAUAUUCCUAGGACUUCUUUUUCGUGUGCUGGAAAAUUACCUGGAUAUUACGCAGAUUUAGAAACCAACUGCCAAGCAUUUAGAGUCUGCACAUCGGGCUCCACAUAUGGCUUCCAGUCGUUCCUGUGCCCGAACGGCACCUUAUUCAACCAAGCAGUAUUUGUCUGCGAUUGGUGGAUGAACGUCAACUGUCAGAAGUCAGAAGAGCUCUUCAGUAAUAACAAUGACAAGUUUGGGAACCUCAAAUUGGGACCUCAACUCAUGAAGGAUAUCAAAAAGAUGAUUACUCACACCAUGAGGAAUCCAUAUGACAAAUCCGUUAUGAAAAGCAAUCUCGUCGUCAUGCAAGAAUAUAAGCCACCUUUUGGACAAAUGUUACCUAAUGGAGCUCUUAUCGCCGGUCCUGAUAGAAUACCUAACAGUGUUUAUGUACCAGCUAAGCAAAUACAACCUAACUUCAACUAUAAUAAUAAUAACAUAUUUGCUGCAUCUACUCCUAGUCCAACAUACGUGCCUCCACCUUUUAACAGCUUAUCGUUAUCACAAAGAGACGCUGAAGUAUUUCAACGACAAAGACAAAAUGGACAAUAUCGACAAAGUGGUAAACUACAAAGCACACAAUCUUCAGGCCACAUUUCUAACGGACAUACCAUACAGUACACUUCACAAAAUACAGGAUAUAAUAACAAUCAAUACGGCCAAAGACAGACCAACUUCGAACGAACACAGAACAACAAUGUACAACAUAUUCGUGGACAACAAAGUGCCCAAUACAAUGAUAAUAGAUCUCAAUUAAAUAAUGGUAAAAGGGCAGAAUUUGGAAUAUCAUUUGCCAAACAGCAGUAUAAUUACCCAAAUCCAAACCAAGCAUACACAAAUCAUCAUUUACCACUCUCAAAUGAAAACGGACAAAGUGAAGCUAAACAAAAUUUGGUAAGUGAUGAGGUGCCUGCUACUAUCGUAACAAAAACUCUAACAUUCAAUAGAAUCGUUGAGCCUAAACCUGGCAGUCCUAAAUCUCGUAUCACUGUUAAAACCUGGAUCGUGAAACCUUCCAAAGCUGCUAAACUAAUAGCUGAUCCAACUCCAUAUGCUUAUGAUAGGCCUUCUACUCGCCCUGCUGCGAAAAUCAUUGCAAAUCCUACUCCUUAUGUGUACAAUACUCCUACAGCUCAAGCAGCAAAACUAGUUUCAGAGCCCGAAGGAUACGCGUAUAACAAACCAACCAUUGCUGCUAAGCAGAUUGCUACCACUCCUUCUCGUCUAUACAUAAAUCCAACUUUGCCCCCACCUCCUCCUACGUUGUCACGAUUAUAUUUAAAUCCAUCAACCGCCCCACCUACAAUUGCAUCUCGACUGUAUAUACCACCUACUACUUAUAAACCAGCUGCUAAACUUUACAUUCCACCUUCUCAGAGCAACUUAAUUUUAUCAAGGCAAUACUUGGCUCCUAGUGCUUUGCAGCAACCAGCAUAUUACCAAAGCGAGCAACUUCGAGCAUCUCCUACCUCCCCUGCUCCUGUUUAUGCAGCACCACCAAGUGAUAAUCCUUCUUUUUCUCUAACAAAACACUCUCGCAUCAAUGCUAAUCAUAACAAUCUAACAUUUGCUGAUAUACUUACAAAAGAAAAAUUGGAUAUAACUGUGAACGACAUAGUUUCGGACACGAGUAGUGUAUUAAAAACAGCGUCUCCUCCUACCUUUGGUCAGCUUCGUCAAGAUAAAACUGUAGACUAUGUUGAUGAGAAUUAUUUACCACCAGAUAAUAGCGAGAGUGAUGAAAAGCUCACACCUCAAUCUCCAACUGUUCCCGCGACAAGUGCUAGACUUGUAGCCCCAGACCUUUCGAGAGAUCUAGAACCACCUUUCGAGAAUUAUAAUAAUGUACAAAAUACUAACCGACUCGCUACCCUACCUUACUUCAAAGAACCAGGUACAGGCACUAACACAAUUGAGAGAACUGUUUCUUUAAAAAUAUCUAUACCGGAAAAGGUAGCUUCCUAUCUAUUUAAAAGUCGCAACGAAAGCGAUUACGACAAACUAGAAAUAUUAAAUACAGGGAGCAGUAAUUACUUGGUUUUAACAAAUAAUCUUUUGAACAAAAAUACUGGGGCCAGGUUUAUUCCGAUUGGCAGAUUGAUUGCUGACGAUAAAUCAAACAUUUCUGAUUCACAGGCUCUUGUUUUUUCUCUCUUGGCGGAUUCCAUAAAUGCAGCAAAAGAAUACAGCAAGAUAACUAAGGAAAAUAUAGUCACAACUACACCAGCGCAGUUCCAAAACAUAGACAACGAAGAACUGUCACACAUCACAAAUAAAAUUUCACAACUCACAGCUUUGCAAUAUUCAGGUAAUCAGAAUAACAAUUACGCCAAUACCGUUUCAACAUCACAAACUAGAACCCGUAAUAGUAAUCAACAUCAAUCCGCAAAAUACACAGCACAACAUAACGGCUACCCACAAAAUCAUCAAGUUCAGCAACAAAAUGCCCAAAUUAAUGUGCUUCCUCAACAUACUAGCCACGGCUACCCGGCGCAAUAUCAAAGUGGUAACUUAGUCAGUCUCCCUUUAAACAACCAAAAUGUAUACAGUGGUCAAUUAUACAAACUUCCUGUUCCUGAUGUAACCAAUCACAUUUAUAACGCCGAUUCUGAAAAUGUUAUACAAAGUAACGUAAGACAAAAUUUUGAAGUCGCACAUUUAAAUGCUGGGAAUGACAACAGCGGCAAUAACUUAUCGAAACAACAGAGUGCUGAAGUCGAGAUAGUUCGAUCGCAAACUUUGCCUCUUCCAGCUAAACUUCAAUUGGAACCUUCAAACGAUGCUGAAUCUUUUAAUAGCCAGGAACAUUCAACACAUAACCUAAUAGGUAACUUUUUUAACAAUAAUAACGGGAUAUCAGCACAGUUACAGGACAAAAUAGUCGGUACGAUACCUCAUCCGUUAGAGGAGAACAAAUUUGUUACUUAUAAGAAAGAUCAAACUUACUUGGUUUAUACAAAGGUCAAUUCCAAUAGCCAAGCGCAACACCAUAAAAACCAAAAUCAGCAAAACGCAAAGGUGAUACAGAAUCCUUUAAUAUUCCAAUUCGUGCCUUCGGUCAGCUAUCAGUUGGAAGAUGAGAAAGAGCAGCAGAAGAUUCUCAACGCCUUCAACAUUGAUGAUUAUGGGAACCCGAAGAAAAGUAAUCACCAAGAGCAAAACAGACACGACGGCAUCCUGACAAGUGAUGUAGACUUUGCUGUAGAACAUCCAACUGCAGCUAAACUAGUCGAUGGGCAAUACAAUGAAGUAAAUACUUUGUAUAGAGGACCUUCGUCUUACUCAGCUCCUCAAGCUUCUGUGGGGAGUCUAGAAACUGUACAAAAUAGUGCAAGAUUAGAAUUAGAAGAAAAGGGUUAUGCUAGAGUGACUCCUGAUAAUCCAUUUACGUAUUAAAAAUGAAAAUAAGUAAAAGUGACGAAAUUAAAUGCAGUCCAUUAAAUUGUUGUUGUGGAAUGAACACAACGAAUCUACCUACCUAUCUCUGUCAAUUUUAAUAUAAAUGAACAAGAGAAGAGUUGCAGUUUUUCGUAAGACUCUAGUUUAACGUAAUUAGCGGCGUGAACUAUAAUUAUGCUAUAAUUAUCUUACUACGACAUAAUAUUGAAUUAUAAGUAUUGUUAAUAGUGUCAUCCUUUCUUGUCACACAGGAGCUGAGACAAAUUUAUGAAUAAGUAAUGUAACAUAAAAAUGUACAUCAAUUCAUUGCUAAAUGUGCGACUCAACUUCCCAACGCGAAAGUCGUUGGGAACUAGUUUUUUCUUACACUUACCUACACUAAGGCUCAAUUCAUAUUGCAGCGAAACGGACUGAAAGCGAAUUUUAGUAACAAUAUUUUACAUAACAUAAUCAACUUUAUAGUCAAGUACAAACUAGAUACGAGCCAAAAUAUUCCGGUGAAUGCGCGAGCAUUCUCGAACAUGCGCGAGAAUUCCGCGGAAGAUUUGGGCUCGUAUCUACUUUUUACGUUACAGAAUUGACCACAAAGUUCAUUAUGCUGUGUACAAUAUCGUUCCAAAAAUUCGCUUCCAUUCCGUUCCGCCGCAAUAUAAAUUGAGCCUAAGGUAGAAAGUUCAAAUUUGCAAGCGUCCUCCACGAAGACACCCGCGCUCAUGCGAUUCCACAGAGUUAGCAUCGUUUAGAACGAUCUAUUUUAAUACUUUUACUUACACCAAGGCUGCGUGCGAAUAAAUGUUGUAUUCAAAUUGUAAAGUUGUAUGCAAAUUUUAUUUUGCAGUAUAUGCGUACCAUUUAGUAAGUACCUGAUUAGUAAAUAGCUUGUCAGCUAUUAUUUUGAAAGUUUAGCAACACACAAUGCAGGAAAUAUACCUACGAAUUUUUAGCGUAGCUAUGUUCGUAGAUAUUCAAGUCAAGCUACGACAAAAAAUUGGCGACGCAUUUUCUGCCAUAUGUUGCUA